AUGUGUAAUUCGAAUGGGGAUGAUUCUGGAAGUGAUUCUUCUUUUAUUUCCUCUUUGCUAAAAAGUUUGGGUGGAGGAGGGGAGAAGAAACAACAACAAAGGCGUCAAUGGGAAAUGUCAGUAGCAGCACAAAAACUUCCCUCUUUACCACCAUUUUAUGAAUGCAUAAAUUGUGAUAUGAGUGCUGAAGAUGUUUCUUCUUCAAUGACUUCUGGAUGUAGACAAAAUAAAUGUAAAUGUAUUGAAAUUUUUAAAUUUUGA